AUGUAUGAUUCUUGCCUCAACAGUGAGACCAAAGUCAGCCAAAUCAUCAAUGGUCAUUCUUGGAAGUGGCCUAUUCCUAAUUCUUGGGAAAUUCAAGAGUUGAUCUCAUCUACUCCUGAAUGCUGCAAACCUAACCCUUCCAAGUGUGACCAAGUUAUCUGGAAACUUACUACUGAUGGUCAGUUUUCCAUUCACUCAGCUUGGAAUCAUUGGAGACGUAGUUUUGGUAGAGUGGUUUGGCAUAAACUCCUUUGGGGCCCUCAUAGGAUUCCUAAAGUCAAUUUCAUUGUCUGGGUAGCUAUCCAUAACAGGUUGUACACUGGUGAUAGGCUAAUGCUGUUUGGUUUAGCUCCUCAUUCACAGUGCCCUUUCUGCCUUGAUCCUGGAGAAAGUCAUUCUCAUCUUUUUUUUAAGUGCAGUUUUACCAAUAGAGUUUGGGGUGCUAUUGAAGGCAAAUGCAACAUGAAGUGGCCUAUUUUGGAUUGGCCUGAUAUUGCUACAUAUGCUACGAAGGAGACUAAGGGGUAA